GAAUGCCUUUGACUGUUAAAGUGGAAGGAGGCUGCAGGAUUUUUUCAUUGGAGUCUUGGGAGUUUUUCACAUAGACAGGGGUCAGCUGAAAGACAAAGAAAAAUGGCGAGGAGUUUGCAAGGAGAGCAGAUUCUGACUGUUGGGUUAGAGAAAAGGAUAUUGCACAGUAUCUUCCUUGCAUGUCCUCAUGCCUUUGUCCUUUUUUUCUCUUUCCCGAGAGGGGGGAGGGCUGGUGAGUGAAGCUGAAGGGGAAAAAUAUAAGUGCUUGAGCCGAGCCGUGGUCUUGUGAAAUGAGAAUUUCCUGAAAUUUUGCAGUGGCACUGGUACUUGUAUAGCGCUGACACAGUACUGUGCAAAUGUCUUGGGCAGGUCUGAACAUGUCUACAGAUGGGGGGUUUGGUGCAGGGAACUCUGAUGCACAGCAAAGCUUGCAGUCGUUUUGGCCAAGGGUGAUGGAAGAUAUUCGCAACCUUACAGUGAAAGAUUUCCGGGUCCAGGAACUUCCAUUGGCUCGCAUAAAGAAGAUAAUGAAACUUGAUGAAGAUGUUAAGAUGAUCAGUGCAGAAGCUCCAGUUCUUUUUGCCAAAGCGGCUCAGAUUUUUAUAACAGAGUUGACGCUGCGUGCCUGGAUUCACACAGAGGAUAACAAAAGGAGAACGUUGCAGAGGAAUGAUAUAGCCAUGGCAAUAACAAAGUUUGACCAGUUUGAUUUCCUCAUUGAUAUUGUUCCUCGUGAUGAGUUAAAGCCUCCAAAACGCCAGGAAGAAGUCCGGCAGGCAGUCACACCAGCAGAACCUGUCCAGUACUACUUUACCCUGGCCCAGCAACCAGCUGUGCAGGUACAAGGACAAACUGGUCAACAGAAUUCAUCAACUACCCUGCAGCCCGGGCAGAUUAUAAUUGCUCAGCCUCAACAAGGACAGAAUACGCCAGUAACAAUGCAAGUUGGAGAAGGACAGCAGGUCCAGAUUCUCCAGGCCCAACCACAAGGACAGUCACAGCAGGGACAGAGUUCAACAGGACAAACUAUGCAGGUUAUGCAGCAAAUAAUCACCAACACAGGAGAGAUCCAGCAGAUUCCAGUCCAGCUUAACACAGGACAGCUGCAGUACAUACGUCUUGCGCAGCCUGUAUCUGGGACACAGGUGGUGCAGGGGCAACUCCAGACCUUAGCAGCCAAUGCUCAGCAGAUUUCACAAGCGGAUGUGCAGCAAGGCCAACAGCAGUUCAGUCAGUUCACUGAUGGACAGCAACUAUACCAGAUCCAGCAAGUUACCAUGCCAGCCGGACAGGACCUUUCACAGCCCUUGUUCAUUCAGUCAAGUGGUCAAACAUCUGAUGGAUCAGCCACACAGGUCACCGGAGACUGAUAAAAUAUCCUGGGAAGGAAUGGGCAGUGGGAAGCACAGGAGCACACAAACACCUACACAUAAACAUGUACACAUGUGUUUCUCUCACCAGAGAGACACAAUGCACUAAUGGGGCUAGAGUUCUCCAGUCAUGCUGAAACAGUAUGUUUUUGGAAACUCUUAUCUGGUGCAUUGUCCAGAUGUUUUGUUUUUGAAACGUAUACACUAGUGUGCCCAGCAGAGAAGUGGAUUGUAUAUAAGCGCUAUGUUGAAAUCUCCAUCUGCUGGUGAAUGGUUGUAGGAUUAUCAACUGGCAACAGAAGAUCAAAUGCCGAAUUUCUCUUUCCCUGGAAUAUGUUUUUAGUAAAAUGACUCUGGCCAAACACUUGUGCAAUGAUUCAGUGGGAUCAAGGCAUCCUUUCUGCAAGGGCUAAAGUGUUCACCUUAGCAAGUAGAUGAGUGGCAGGACAUGUCCUACAUUUCAUCUGUACCCAAAACUAGAUGUUUUAUUUUUGUGUUCAUUUUUGUUUAAGUUCUAAAUCCUGCCUCUCUUCUUUUGGCAAAAAAAGGCCAUUAACCCUUUUGACUGCCAAAAACACAAGCACCCUUGUUCCAGUCCUCUGUAAACCAUUAUUAAUAAACACAGAGGAUUGAGGAUUCUUCUUUUUUUUUUUUUUCUUUUUAAGUAUUGUGCUUGUCUGCAUUGAAUGCAUGUAAAAAAUCUCUGCACAGACAGCAAUAAAGUUUCUUUUUAGAUAC